AUGCGCGUGUUGGAUGAGGUCAAGGAUCCGUCCGCCAGUCACAACUGCUGGGCGUACAAGAUCUCUCCGGCAUACCGUUUCAACGAUGACGGGGAGCCGGGAGGAACAGCCGGGCGGCCGAUUUUGGCAGCUAUUGAGGGGGCUGGAGUGGAUGGUGUCAUGGUGAUGGUAACCAGGUACUAUGGGGGAGUGAAGCUAGGAACAGGAGGUCUCGUGAGGGCAUAUGGAGGAGCAGCAGCAGGAGCACUGCGAGAAGCCACCCUUGUUCCAGUCUUGCGAAAGGUGGCCCUCAACAUAGUUGCGCCAGUGCACCACGUUGGACUUCUCUACUCUGUG